AAGUGAUUGGGGGUCAGAGGUCGCCGGUGCAGCGGGAACAUGGCGGCGGCGGCACUGGCGAGGCUGGGUGCUGGCGGCGGCGUGGCCGCGCUCCCCGGGGCGGCGGCUCCCUGAGCGGGGCGGGGAGCCUCCUCCCGCCGUGACGCUGCCCCCGCUCAGGCAUGGUCGCUGCGCUGUAGGAGGCAGGGAGCCGCGGCGAUGCCAGAGGAGGAGCCGCGGGAGGAGAGCGCUUGAGCUUGUCUGAGGAGCCGCGCAGUGUGUGUGAAACGUGAUUCAGAUCAACCAUAUUAUUUACGAGACCUGAGUCUGUUGAAAAAGCGUGUGAUCUCCCUAGUGAAACUCUUUCAAUUCUAAAUGAUUAAUUUGUUGGAAAAUGAAGCUUAAAUACUAGCCAUGGUGUCAUGGAAAGGAAUAUACUUUGUACUUGCACUAUUCUCGGGAAGUUUUUUUGGAAGUAUAUUCAUGCUCGGUCCUUUUCUACCUUUGAUGUUUAUCUCACCGGCCUGGUAUCGCUGGAUCACCGAUUGUGUUGUGGCCACUUGGCUCACGCUGCCAGUGGCCUUGCUGGAAAUGGUGUUUGGUGCCAAGGUGGUUGUCACUGGUGACGGAUUUGUUCCUGGAGAAAGGAGUGUCAUUAUCAUGAACCAUCGCACGCGAAUGGACUGGAUGUUCCUGUGGAACUGCCUGCUGCGAUACAGCUACCUCAGACUUGAGAAAAUCUGUCUCAAAUCCAGUCUCAAAAGCAUUCCGGGAUUUGGUUGGGCAAUGCAGGUUGCUGCCUUUGUUUUCAUUCAGAGAAAGUGGGAAGAUGACAAGAGUCACUUUGAAAAAAUGCUGGAUUAUUUCUGUGACAUUCGUGAACCGCUACAGCUCCUCAUCUUUCCGGAAGGAACUGAUCUCACAGCCAAUACCAAAGCCCGCAGUAAUGAAUUUGCUGAAAAGAAUGGACUUCGAAAAUACGAGUACGUCUUACAUCCGCGAACGACUGGAUUCACUUUUGUGAUUGAGCGUUUAAGGGAAGGUGACAAUCUUGAUGCUAUCCAUGACAUAACUGUGGCAUACCCCCAAAACAUUCCUCAGACAGAGAAGCACCUUCUGAAUGGCAACUUCCCUAAGGAGAUUCACUUCCACGUCCAGAGAUAUCCCAUAGAGACAGUGCCCACUUCCAAGGAGGAGCUGCAGCUUUGGUGCCGGAAGCGUUGGGAAGAGAAAGAGGAGAGACUCCGACACUUCUACGAAGGUGGAAAAUGCUUCAGUGCAACAGGGCAAAGCAUUAUUCCUCCGUGUAAAUCCGAGCUCAGGGUCCUCACGGUUAAGUGCAUCUCGCUCCUGUAUUGGACAGUGUUCCCACUGGGUAUGCUGGUGCUGCUGUACCUGUACAGCUUUGUGCAGUGGUAUUUUGCAGCCAUGAUCAUCUUUUUUGUCGUGCAGCAAAAGAUAUUUGGUGGGCUGGAACUAAUUGAACUCGCUUGUCAUCGAUAUUUUAAAAAGCAACAGAAAUUCCAUAACACGAAAAUAAAAAACAAUUAGUUCUGGGGUAAAGAAAGAUGUAAAAAUGGGUGAUUUUGAGAUGUCCUGCAAAUUUUAUGCACAGGGAAGAAUUUUUGCAUGAGAAUUGUCUUUUAUUAUUGCCAUUGUUAGACAUUUGCACUCGAUUCUGUGAAGAGAAAGAAAAAUGUUAGUUAUUGCUACACGUGAAAGUGGUAGUUUUUAUCUCUGAAUGUAAUUUCAACAUUGCCUCUGCAAGCAGCUAGCAACUGCAUUCUGCUGUAAUUAAGAAACAAAUUGCUGGAUUACUGAACAAUCGUAAGGAUGAUAAUAAUUGUGACAUGCACUGAACUUUCAUGCAGAAACCCAAACUGUCCAGCUAAAGGAGACAGAGGUAUGAUUUCUGUACAAUCGCAUUGUCAUAAGGGAAGCACCGGAUUUGGACAGCUGGUAAGUUUAACGAUGUUUUGAUGGUAGGUGGAAGUUGGAGGAGAAGUUGUUCCGUUUUUUUUUUUUCUAUUUCAAAUAUUCAAACUUAUAUUUUUGCAUAAUCUUUUCCAAACACUACUGAACCUACCACUAUUCAAUUGUUCUGACUUGGUCACUCAGAAGGAUUUUAAACCUUGCAGUCUUGUGUUUUAGUACAGAAAACAGCGCUGGCUCUGCCUCCAAAUAAUCUGAACUGAUUAUUCAAUAGACCUGUGCAGCUAAGUUUGGAUUUUUCACUGUUUCCAUACUGUUUUGCUGUCCCUCUUAGCUGUGGGAGACUUGUUCCUCCUGUAGUAUACAGAGCUGCAGGAUAGGGGAGCUAAUUUUUUGUUGGUUUAUUGGUAUUUUUUCUCCUAGAGGCAAAACCAAGUGUCUGUCCCUUGAGUAGCUGGCAAACGUUUUUCAAAACGUUUUCCUUGUAGACAUUAUUUGCUUGAAAACAUUUAAUUUUCAGAGUAGGCGAAAUAUCUUUUUUUAAGCAUGUAUUUUGGUUUUCACUUUGCUUCCUAAGUCAUUUAAAGUGUCCGUAGACUGCUUGUUCUGCACGUGUCAGCCAGACCCGCUGAAAUGCCCCUGAUGCAGUGGUUGUCUCCUUAUAGGUGCAAGAGAUGGGUUUCAGACUUCUCACAGCACAGGGAAACCGAGCUACAUCUUCCCUUUGCAAUAUUGUCUUUGAUUGCCUGCUGGCAUCAUUACUUUUCCAACUUUUGGGGGUUCUUUGGGGUCCCAUUAUAAUACUUCCCCUUAUUUUCAUGACAUUCAGAAAAUCUGAAGGUUUAAACUCAGACAAGGCACUUGCAAGUGCAUUCCUUGUCAUAUAUAACAAAAGUCAUGUUCACGCUCACAUGGUUAAAGACAUAAACACUGGAUCAACACUUCCGAGACACCAGGCUGGGUUUGGUUUUCAACCUCAAAAAAACGUUAGGUCGCUUGAUGAACUGUACUGCUGCAGACCUUUCAUGACUUACUGAGUAUUUGUUUAUCGCACGAAGGCGUGUCUGAGCGGAACAGAGGUGGCCUGACGCCAUACGUUGAGUGGCAUUGCCAUGAAAUGGGAAAGUAUAGAAUGCAAAAUUUAUCUUGUACUGUGUUGAGUAUCUCAAGCGUUGGGUCAGCAUGGUAGACACAUCUGUUUUCUUCUAAAUUACAGUAGUAAACAUGUUGUAUCAAAGGCCAUUUUUUGAAUGAAUCACCAGCUUCUAGUCAACCUUGCAAGGUGACAAGUAUUUUUUAAUCUGUGCUUAUAACUAGUUGUUUAUUACGUGGAAAGUACUUGAAGCCAUCUGUUUUACUCUAAUUUUUUAAACCCCUUUUUUCUUAAAACCGAAUAAAACUAGGUUUAUAUUUAGGGUUAUGUUUCUUAAUGAUUUUUUCGUAUUUAUAUUUGAGUACCUGAUGUCUGACAGCUGGUGUUUCAUUGUCACGAGUGGAAGGAUCCUUUCUGCCCUAUGAGGACUUUUUAAAACGUGAUUCUGUGAUACCAAAGGCAUGGCUGCACCUUAACUCGACAUCGCCUGUUUUUUCUUUGCCUGAUAUUCCUUUGGUGCGAUUCCCUGCACAUCCCAGGUAGCUCACCGCAAGGGAAAACCAAAAAACCUCCUUUAUGGUUAAUGCAGAGGAGAGCUAAAAGGCAGUUUCUAGUCUGUCCUGAGCCGUGGCUGUGCUUUCACACCGGGAGUAGCCAUGGCCAGCCCACUCCAAUCGCCUUAAUAUAGAGUGUUCAGGAAUCGCUUUGGAGGACAGGUUAUCGAUGUUGGUGACAUAAGUACCAGCUUCGCUUUUCUCAGUCGCUCAGAGAACUUUGUGGUGCCCUCAGAUGUAUCAGAAGCGUCAGUGUGAGUCUUGGUCAUGGAGCGGUGAGAGAUUUAACUUCUGUGUGAUCAGAGUUGGGCUCUGAAAAUCGUAUGCAAUCCAUUGCUGACCCUUACGAGGGGUUUUCUCCCAGCUGGAGUCAAACACGUAACCUACUGUAAUGUGGUAAACAUCCUGCAAAUCUGUAAUUCAGCCUCCUCUCUCAUGUAUUUGGAUCAAAGAGAAAGAAUAAUCUUGUCAGCUGCUCAUGUUGCAUUUGCAGUGCCUGGCUCUGUGGCGUGGGGCAGCACGUGGGAAGUGAAGAAUCCUCCUCUCACCGGGAAGGGUCUCGGCUUUCUGACUGACGCAAAUUUUCAGAUUAUGUGCAACAUUUUCCAGCUCAAUUAGAAAUGCAAGGGGUGUGUGUGUGUGUGUGUGUGUGGUGUGUAAACUUUGAAUAACAAGGAAAAGCUUUGUGGAUGUAGAAGCUUCUGUUUAAAAAGUGGCUAAGGAACUGUAGGAAGAUCUUUUUGUGAAUGUUUUUUUUUCUCUCUUUGGUCAAAUUGUAGCCUUUUACUCAGAAGGUACUAAUACACAGAUUUUUUUGGUGACUGUUUUGUCCUCACCCUGUUUCCCUAUUCAAAGUACACACCAAGAUGGCAUGUAGGAACAUGGGUCGGUGGUGGACUUGGCAGUGGUAGGUUUACAGUUGGACUCUGUGAUCUUAAAGGUCUUUUCCACCCUAAAUGAUUCUAUGAUUUUGUGCUGGGUAAAUCACUUGGAAGGGUUUUCAGUGCUGUUAGGUUAAAGGUGCUAGUACUCCAGGAAUCCCUGUCUCAUGGGAUGCAUAUUGGCACGAGACUCAGCUCAUUCGUUAGCACGUUUGCCAUGGCUCCCCUUCCCUCGCGGUCCCAGCAGCCGCACUGCUCGGCAGCGACUGCUCCGUCUGCGGGACCUGCAGGUCUUCCUAGGUCUGGCGUAAAGUUAUUUGAGAUCCGUGACGUGCUUUAAGGAUCCUCCUCUCGUUUGCUCAGUGAAAUGUUUCCUCAUCAGCGUCAGGGUUUUCAUUCUCUCUGCUCGGAACAGAAGGCUGAAAUCCUGCCAUCUGUGUUUGUCAUCAAGGUCAGCUGGGUAGCAGGGUGUCAGCCCAAGACAUAUCUCUCUUGGCUUCAAAGCUGCAAGGCCCGAAGCUGGUCUGUAAGGUGUUGUCUUAAUCAUAUGAAAUGUAGUUCCUAGUUUUGCGCAUUGCAUCGGUCUGUUGUUUAAAAAAAAAGAUCUGUGUUUUUAUAACUUGGUUUUAUAUGUACACUGUGUGAAACACCAGGAUACUACAAACCUACAGAAAGCCUUAGUUUUCAGAGUUCACUAUUAUCUUAGAACGUUUUAACCAUUUACCAGUGACUUUACAGCAACAAUAAAGACCUGAAGCAUU